AUGGAGAAUGGUGGAUCUUUUAGAGCCAACAGUGGACGUUUAGGCAGUCCUCACAUAUGGAGGAACAGUACCAUGGAAGCCUUUACAAAGUCUUCCCAAGGAGAAGAUGAUGAAGAAGCUUUGAAAUGGGCAGCUAUUGAAAAACUUCCAACGUAUUUACGUAUACAGAGAGGCAUACUCACUGAAGCUGAAGGCCAGGCAAGAGAGAUUGAUAUCAAAAGUCUUGGAUUGAUUGAGAGGCGGAAUCUGAUUGAGAGGCUUGUCAAAAUUGCUGAAGAAGAUAAUGAAAAGUUCUUGUUGAAGCUCAAGGAACGCAUUGAUAGAGUUGGGCUUGAUAUUCCUACAAUUGAAGUCCGGUUUGAGCAUAUAAAUGUCGAAGCAGAAGCUUAUAUUGGAAGCAGAGCUUUGCCUACAAUCUUCAACUCCAUUGUUAAUACCUUGGAGGGGUUCUUGAAUUAUCUUCACAUUCUUCCAAGUAGAAAAAAGUCAUUACCAAUUCUUCAUGAUGUUAGUGGAAUCAUCAAACCUCGAAGAAUGACAUUGCUUCUAGGCCCUCCAAGUUCAGGAAAGACCACAUUACUAUUGACUUUGGCAGGAAAACUUGGAAAAGACUUGAAAUUUUCGGGGAGAGUUACAUAUAAUGGACAUGGGAUGGAAGAGUUUGUACCACAGAGGACAUCAGCUUACAUAAGUCAAUAUGAUUUGCAUAUUGGAGAAAUGACAGUAAGAGAAACAUUGGCUUUCUCAGCAAGAUGUCAAGGGGUCGGUCCCCGUUAUGAGACGUUGGCAGAACUAUCAAGAAGAGAAAAGGCUGCAAAUAUCAAACCAGAUCCUGAUAUUGAUCUUUACAUGAAGGCAGCAUCACUGGAAGGGCAGGAGACAAAUGUAGUUACAGACUAUGUUCUUAAGAUUUUGGGUCUUGAAGUAUGUGCUGACACCAUGGUGGGAGAUGAAAUGAUUCGAGGCAUCUCUGGUGGACAAAAGAAGCGAGUCACUACAGGGGAAAUGCUAGUUGGACCAGCAAGAGCACUUUUCAUGGAUGAAAUAUCAACUGGGUUGGACAGUUCAACUACAUUCCAAAUUGUAAACUCACUUAGACAGUCCAUUCAUAUAUUUAAUGGAACUGCUGUUAUUUCUCUUCUCCAACCAGCACCAGAAACAUAUGAAUUAUUUGACGACAUAGUUCUUCUCUCUGAUGGCCAUAUUGUGUAUCAAGGUCCCCGCGAAAAUGUGUUAGAAUUCUUUGAAUACAUGGGCUUCAAGUGUCCUGAGAGGAAAGGAGUUGCUGAUUUCUUACAAGAAGUGACUUCAAGGAAAGAUCAAGAGCAGUACUGGGCAAACAAAGAUGAGCCUUAUAGCUUUGUUGCCUCUCAGGAAUUUGCUGAAGCUUUUCAAUCAUUUCAUAUUGGUCGAAAACUGGGUGAUGAACUUGCUACUCCAUUUGACAAGUCCAAAAGUCACCCAGCUGCUUUAACAAAGGAGAAAUAUGGCUGCAGCAAGAAAGAACUACUGAAAGCUUGUAUCUCAAGAGAAUAUUUACUCAUGAAGAGAAACUCAUUUGUCUACAUUUUCAAAAUGUUUCAGCUUAUUUUGGCUGCAGUAGUGACAAUGACACUAUUUCUACGGACUGAGAUGCACCGGGAAACAGUGGCAGAUGGUGGAAUUUAUCUGGGAACCCUGUUCUUCGCAUUGGUUAUGAUUAUGUUCAACGGAUUCUCAGAGCUCGCCAUGACUAUAAUGAAACUUCCUGUAUUCUACAAGCAAAGGGACCUUCUUUUUUACCCUUCAUGGGCUUACUCAUUGCCUACAUGGGUCCUUAAGAUCCCAAUCACUUUCGUUGAAGUUGGUGUUUGGGUUUUCACAACUUACUAUGUUAUAGGCUAUGAUCCAAAUAUUAAAAGGUUUUUCAGACAGUACUUGAUACUCCUAUGUGUAAACCAGAUGGCGUCUGGACUAUUUCGAUGUAUCGGAGCCAUCGGACGGAAUAUAAUUGUUGCAAACACGUUUGGUUCAUUUGCUUUACUGUCAGUCUUGGUGCUGGGUGGAUUUGUCUUAUCACGAGUUGAUGUAAAGAGUUGGUGGCUGUGGGGUUAUUGGUUCUCGCCAAUGAUGUAUGGGCAGAAUGCUAUGGCUGUGAAUGAAUUUCUGGGGAAUAGUUGGAGUCAUAUACCUCCUAAUUCUAAAGAAUCAUUAGGAGUUCAGGUCAUGAAGAGUCGUGGGCUCUUUCCAGAAGCAUAUUGGUAUUGGAUUGGAGUAGGAGCUUUGAUUGGAUAUGUAUUUCUAUUCAAUUUUCUUUUUACAAUGGCUUUAAAGUAUCUUGAUCCCUUGGGAAAGCCUCAGGCAAUUCUAACCCAAGAGGCCUUUGAUGAGAAAUGUGGUAGCAAAGGAGGGGAGCUAAUGGAGCUAACACACAGGGGAAAGUUAUCUUCUAGUAAAGGAAAUGAAAGCCGAAGAAGUAUAUCGUCCAGGACUCUUUCUGCAAGGAUAGAAAGCUUCUCCGGACCAGAGCAGCACAGAAGGCGGGGAAUGAUUCUUCCUUUUGAACCUCAUUCUAUUACCUUCGAUGAAAUCAGAUAUGCAGUAGACAUGCCACAGGAAAUGAAAGCUCAAGGUAUUGCUGCGGAUAGACUAGAACUUUUGAAGGGUUUGAGUGGUGCUUUUAGGCCAGGUGUGCUCACCGCUCUCAUGGGAGUAAGUGGGGCUGGAAAGACCACUCUAAUGGAUGUUUUGUCUGGAAGAAAAACAGGUGGAUAUAUCUCUGGUACAAUCACAAUAUCUGGGUACCUGAAAAAGCAAGAAACAUUCGCUCGCAUUUCAGGAUAUUGCGAGCAAACUGAUAUUCAUUCUCCUCAUGUUACCGUCUAUGAGUCCUUGCUCUAUUCUGCUUGGCUUCGGUUGCCUAUUGAGGUCAAUUCUGAUACCAGAAAGAUGUUUAUUAAGGAAGUGAUGGAGCUUGUGGAGCUGAACCCAAUAAGGGAAGCCCUUGUUGGAUUGCCUGGCGUGAAUGGGCUCUCAACUGAGCAGAGAAAAAGGCUGACCAUCGCAGUAGAACUUGUUGCUAACCCAUCAAUUAUAUUCAUGGAUGAGCCAACUUCUGGCCUUGAUGCUCGGGCAGCUGCAAUAGUAAUGAGAACAGUGAGGAACACGGUGGACACCGGUCGGACAGUGGUUUGCACCAUUCACCAGCCUAGUAUCGAUAUAUUUGACGCUUUUGAUGAGCUACUUCUAUUGAAACGGGGAGGCGAAGAGAUAUAUGUCGGUCCAUUAGGCCGCCAUUCUUCCCAGUUGAUCAAGUACUUUGAGGGAAUUGAAGGAGUGCCAAAGAUUAGAGAUGGUCAUAAUCCUGCAACCUGGAUGUUGGAGGUUACAACAACAGCACAAGAAGCAGGCCUAGGAAUCAACUUCACUGACAUAUACAAAAACUCAGAGUUAUACAGGAGAAACAAGAAUUUGAUCAAAGAAUUAAGCACCCCUCCACCAGGUUCAAAAGAUCUUUACUUUGGGACCAAAUAUUCACAAUCUUUCUUCACACAAUGCAAAGCUUGCUUGUGGAAACAGCAUAUGUCAUACUGGAGAAACCCACCAUACACUGCUGUUAGACUUUUCUUCACAACUUUUAUAGCUUUGAUGUUUGGGACAAUUUUCUGGGAUAUUGGCUCCGAAAGAAAAAGGCAACAAGAUCUUUUUAAUGCAAUGGGCUCCAUGUAUGCUGCUGUGCUAUUCAUUGGUGCGCAAAAUGCAACAUCAGUGCAGCCAGUUGUGGCUAUUGAAAGAACAGUGUUUUACAGAGAAAGAGCAGCUGGAAUGUAUUCAACUUUACCAUAUGCAUUUGGCCAGGUUGCAAUAGAGCUUCCACACAUUUUAGUACAGACAAUUAUAUACGGUGUUAUAGUAUACGCUACAAUAGGAUUCGACUGGACAGUGAGCAAGUUCUUCUGGUAUCUCAUCAUCAUGUACUUGACACUUUUAUACUUCACAUUCUACGGAAUGAUGGCAGUCGCUGUUACUCCUAAUCACAACAUCGCCGCCAUAGUAUCUUCCUUCUUCUAUAUAAUGUGGAACCUCUUUUCAGGGUUCAUCAUUCCUCGACCGAGGAUGCCACUGUGGUGGAGAUGGUAUUAUUGGAUAUGUCCAGUGAGUUACACCUUGUAUGGCCUGGUAGUUACACAAUUUGGAGAUAUAGAAGAGACAUUAGAAUCUGGUGAGAAGGUGAAGGAUUUUGUGAGCCAUUACUUUGGCUAUGACUCUGACUUUGUGGGUAUAGUUGGAAUCAUAUUGGCUGGAAUUACUGUGUUUUUUGGAUUCUGUUUUGCCUUUGCCAUUAAGACAUUUAACUUCCAGAAAAGAUGA